CUCCCCCGGGCCAACAUUCUCAGCGGAAAGGCCGGAGCGACCAGUUGUGUGCGGACAAGCAAGAUUCACCCCUGGACUGUGAGCAACCAGCCCCUCCCGGAACACCCUCUUCUCUGUCUCUGCCCUCCCCGCCUCUGGCCAUGAGCAACAAGCCCUCCGUCGACGUAGCCCAGCUCCAGUCCCCGUCCCCGGGCUCCUCCCUCGGCCUGGAGUCCUUCACCGAGACGGCGGCCGUGGUGAUAGACAACGGCACCGGCUACACUAAGGCCGGCUUCGCGGGCGACCCCAAGCCGGGGGUGGUGCUGCCCACCGUGGUGGGGCUGCCGACCUCCCGUAAGUGCUCCAGUCCCGACUAUUACGCGGGCGACGAGGUGCUGAACCGGCGCGGGGUGAGGCGCUGCGAGCCGGUCACCCGCGGCGUGGUCACCGACUGGGAGGCGAUGGAGAUGCUGUGGCAUCACGUCUUCUACGGGGAGCUGCGGGCCUCGCCCGACGAGCACGCCGUCCUGCUGGCCGACGGGCCGCUGGCUCCGGGCGCGCAGCGGGAGAAGGCGGCCGAGGUCCUCUUCGAAGGCUUCAGGGUGCCGGCCAUGUACGUGGUGCCGCAGCCGGUGCUGUCGCUCUACUCCACCGGGCGCACCAGCGGGUUGGUGAUCGAGGCCGGCUUCGGCGCCUCGUACGUGGCGCCCGUGGUCGAAGGCUACACGCUGCCGCACGCUACCCAGCAGAUAGACGUGGCGGGGGCCGCCCUCACCGAGUACCUGGCCAAGCUGCUGGCCGAGUGCGGCAACGCUUUCAGCCCGGAGGAGCGGCCGCUGGUGCGGGACAUCAAGGAGCGGUGCUGCUACGUGGCGCAGGACUACGCCGAGGAGAUGCUGGCGCCCGAGACCGACUACCUGACCGACUACCGGCUGCCCGACGGGCACCUCAUCAACAUCGGCAACGAGCGCUUCCGCUGCCCCGAGGCCUUCUUCCAGCCCGACGCGCUGGGGCUGACCGACGCCGGUCUUCACCAGCUGGCCGCCCGCAGCCUGGAGCUCUGCCAGGCUAAGCACCGGCCCGAGCUGCUGGGCAACCUGGUGCUGUCGGGCGGCUCCAGCCUCUUCCCCGGCUUGGCCGAGCGGCUGAAGUGGGAACUGGACAGGCUGUUAGCCGAGCCGGGGGCCGCAGCCGGAGCCGUCCGGCUCGGCGUCUUCGCCUCGUCGCACCGCCGCUUCUCCGUCUGGAUCGGCGGCUCCAUCACCGCCUGUCUCAACUCCUUCCAGUCCAUGUGGGUGCGGCGCGCCGACUACGACGAGGAGGGACCGAGCGUUGUGCUGCGCAAAUGCUACUGAGCACUUCAGAGUUCAUUUAAUAAAGAAAGUUAACGCUU